AUGCUGACCUUUGAGGUCGGCACAGUGAACCCAAUCCUUCCCGUCAUUUCCGAACUUGUCAAGCGCGGCUGCGACGUGCGCUACUACCUGAUGAAGGAUGACACCUUCGUCAAGGACGUGAAAGCUGCCGGCGCUUUUCCGGUCACAUUCGAUGAGUACCUUCUACGCUGGGACACGCUGAUGGAGGAGGAAGCUGGCUGGUUUCAGGCGCAGGGCUGUGGUGAAGGCCUAAAAAGCCUGACCGCCGAUGGACUGAGCAUGAAGAUCCUCCAGUUCCAGAUGUUGUACUUCGCAUUGCCAGCAGGUGUUUGCCUGGGCAAGCGGCUGGUAGAAUCCUGGAGUGGUCAAGGAGAAUGGUGCCCCGACCUGGUGCUGUACAACGUGAUGCUAUUGCACCCUUACCUCGCAGCCUGCAAGCUGGGACUGCCUUGCGCAUCCUUCUCAACAUAUCCGGGUCCUGGGACGCCGAUGCACCUCUCUGAGAUCCCGGAAGCCGAGCGGCAGGCGGUUGACGAGAAGUUAGUGCGGCAUCCGGGUAUGGUGGAGGUUAAUGCUGUGGCGAAGUCCUUUUUUGGGGUGGACGUCUGCGGUUCACAGCUGCAGUGCCGCUUCUACAAUCGCCAGCUCAAUGUCGUGUUCUCUGUACCGCAGCUGCAGGGCGAGGUUCCCGAGUAUCAGCAGGCCCUCAUUGACGACUCCACCUUUCUGUGGGCUGGUGCAGCCGAUGACCUGAAAGGCCCCCUGCAUCGUGCCUCUACUCCUUACAAGGAGCGAGUCGAGCCAGCAACACGGAGACCAUGGGAUGUGCCCCAAGGAGUGAAGGUGGUCAUCGUCUCUUUGGGUAGCCUGACUGUGGAUAUGCGCUGGGACAGUGAUGAGCAUGUGUCUUCACUUGGGCGAUUUACUGGAAGGGACGUCAGCAAUCGACUGUGGAGCGAACUGAUUGGGAGCUUUGGCAACCGGCCGGACAUUCGAUUCGUCUUGAGCAUUGGCCCGAGAGAAGAUGCUCGAAGCAUGUUGGGCGAGCUGCCUUCGAAUUUUGUUGCGCUGGAGUACAUCGAGCAGGUGGAAGCGCUGAAGCACGCAGAUGUUUUCAUCACGCAUGGUGGCUGCAACAGUAUCAAGGAGGGGGCUUUGUUUGGCGUGCCAAUGAUUGUCGUUCCCUUUUGUGUGGACCAGCCCGACAAUGGGAAGGCCAUUGAGAGGGCUGGAGCUGGCAUCUGCUUCACGGAUCCGAUGGCCACACCAAGAGGAGCAAUCGCUGAGGCCCUGCUGGCGGCGCUCGGAAGUUGCGCAGAAAAGCAGCGACGAAGCAGCGAGCUGCUUGGUGAGGCCCUUCGGCGGGCAGGCGGCGCGCCUGCUGUUGCGCAGGCCUGCAUGAAUCUUCUUCGUCCUCUUGCGUCAGCUGCCGGUGGAGCCUAG